UGUCAGAAACCAUCGACCAAUGAUGAUUGCGCCUCAUCCACCAGAAAGGUACGCGGCGGCGGUGCGUCGUGCUGGAUCCGUAUAGUUGGUAAACGGACUGCGGAGCGUGCAGUGCCCUGUCAAGGAACCGCAUGUUCGAAUGAAGUGAUAACCUCAGUGAUAGCAUUUGGUGUGAUAUGAGUUGCGCAACGAAUUGGCACUGAACAGAUAUAAUCGCGGACGUCAGUGAUGACAUCAUCAACAGGGCACCUGUCUUCUGAGUCUGUCUGAACCCUCGUCCCAGGUCUCACUCGCACCGUCAGCAUGGCAACAGGGAGGAAGGGCUCCACCUCAAAGGGGGGAGGGGUGCGUUUCCCCGACGACGAUGAACCUCCGGGCUCGCCCACGCGGCGAGACGAUCUAUCAAACGACGCCAGCAUCAUCGCUAUCCCAGAGAAGGACGGCGGUUUCCUGGUGAAGGCUGGCUUCCUGAAGACCCAGCACCGCUACGAGAUCGUCUUCACCAUGCUGGAGGUGCCCUCCCUGGGGAAGGACGUCUGCUCCCUCCUCCCCUCCUCUUCCUCCUCCCCCACUGCCAGGGCCGACCUCAGAGUCACCCGCCUCUCCCCCACACCCGAGGGAGGUGUGAGGGUGACAUGUGAGUACACCACCCACCAAGAGGGGGUGCUGCAGGAGGAGCUGACCCUGGGCAGCAGGGGCCGCAGGGACCGAGGCCUGCGGGUCAGACUGCAGGCACGUGUCAUGGAUCGUCAUCACGGGACGCCCAUGUUGCUGGAAGGAGUUCGGUGUUUAGGGACAGAGAAAGACAAUGAUUCAAAGCACAGCGACCGGAAAAGGAUAUGACCCUCUGCUCAUAGAAACCAGCCAUGAUGGAGCUAAACCAGCACUGAACUACUCUCUCUCUUACACACACACACACAGAGACGCACUCUCUCUCUCUCUCUCUCUCUCUCUCUC